CCCUUGGUCCCUCCCUUUCCCCAGUAUCCCUUUGCACACUUCCAAUCUGUCUCUGGCCAAUCAGUUGCUCUCCAGCUUUUCAAAAACUGAGAUAACAGCCGCUUAGACAAACAGCAGAGUAAUUGUGGCUGCCAGUGGAUAGAUAGGCAGAGCUUAUAAAGUAUUGGUCUCUGGAGCUGAACGGAGAAAAUCCUCCUGGACAGGUGAAGUGAGAAGAAAAGGAGACGUAUCUAAGCUCUUGCAAUCUCUGGAGCCAAAGGAGGAGAACAUCUGGAUAGGGAGGGUGUGAAGGCAAACGCAGAUGGACCAUCAUGGCCUCCAACUUCAUGUUCAUCGCGUCCAUCCUGAUCUACUUCUCUUCCUUCGUUGGCAUGAUCGGCAACCUCAUCGUCCUCUUUGCCUUCCUGGCCCACGCCAUCUGUCACAAAGCCCUCCAACCCCUGGACCGCAUCAUUGUCAAUAUGGGCCUUGUGAACUUCUUCCUCUGCUGCUAUAAAGCCAUUCCCGGGAUGCUGGUCUUCAGCAGCACCAGGGUCUUUGGGGAGGAGGGCUGCAGGGUCCUCCUCUACAGCUACCACACCCUCAGGCUGAUCAGCAUCUGGUCGGUGGAGAACCUGAGCUUCCUCCACCUCAUCAAGAUCCGAAGGCCCAACUGCCGAUGGACGACCUUCAUCUACAGGCAUCAGGCACCCUACGUCAACGGCACCAUCGUCGGGUGUUGGGUGGUCAGUGUCCUCCUGCAAAUCCCUUAUUUGCAGUACAAGAAGACUAGAGAUCAAAAAAAUAAGACAAUUGCCUUUUUAGCUACUUCUACUUGCUUGAGAUCUACAGAGAGCUUCUACAUGAAAUUUAGUACGUACGCCUCCAUCAGCCUGGACAUGGUCCUCAUCCUGCUGGUCGUCACCCUCAACGGUUUCAUCAUAGAUCUUCUCUGGAAGCAUCACAGGAAGAUCAAAGCUUCAUCCUCCAUCGCAGGAAGUGGGUGGAAUAAACAUACGGCCCAGGCCACCAAAAUCCUGCUUUCCUUGCUGUCCAUUUAUGUGAUUUGCUGGAUCUCGAACGACGUGGUCUGGCUCACGAUUGUCUUGGGGUACCAAAGGAACAACAUGGAGAACAGUUUUUUGAGCACCUUGUACGGCAUGAUCUCCUCCAUAUAUUACUCAGCCAGCUCGUAUGUAGUGGUGUUUGGGUACAAAAAGGUGCGCGAAUAUCUCGCCAAAACAUGCUUGUUCUUGAGACGUAGGAGGACCACAACCGUUCGAGCUGUCUUCUUGGCGGACGCCUAGAUUGCCUAGAUGACAGAGAAAUCCUGUCCAUCAGAGUGGACGGCUCAAUCUCGUUGUUCAUAAUUUUGGUCCUGGGUGGAGAAAGCUACAACUUAGAAGAAACUGGACAAGUUCUGGAGCUGGUGUGACCUCUAAACCUCAACAUUUCAACUUCUGGAGCCAUGUUCCUGGUGGUUGCAUCUGGUGUCUACAUGGACAACAAAUGUCAGGAAGGAGAACGGUAGCCAGACAGACAUGGUUGGGAAGGAAGAGCUGCAACUUUGGGCUGAGUUCAGCUCUCGAAAAUGAUGGCACCUCAACUUCCAUUUGAAGAAACCUCUCAGCUUGAAAAGGACAGGUUUCCAACCAGGUAGUUAAUACGAUGACGGAUUUUAUAGAGGGAGAAACGGAGGCCCUGACAAGGGAGGCAGGGGUUUUAAAAUGCCCACGUGCAGGUUUCUCCUCACACGGACCAGCUCUAUGGCUAUUUUGAUCCAGAGAAAAGGAGAAGGAAGGGGAAAGUAAGUAAGAGGGAGGAAGCUGCAGGUGGGCUGCAGAACAAUCCUCGCACGGGGGCAGCGGCAUGAGCCUUGUACCUGGGCAGCAUCACUGCGGACUGCAGCGCGAUCCUUGCACCUGGGUGACAUUGCUGCAGGCCGCAGCACGAUCCUAGCGCUGGUGGAGCAUCGCCGCAAGCCUGGCGGUGGCGGCACCACAAGCCUCACACAGACGCCGCCAUCGCUAAGAGCCUUGUGCUCAUGCUCGCAGCCCCGUUUGCGUGGUGCACAUGCUCGUAGCCUUUUUGCAUGUGCGCCUGCUCGUGUCCACUUUCAUGUUUGUGCAUGUGCAUGUAAGGCACCUGCCCCUCCGUCUCCCACCGGGCCGCCAAUCCAAAAUGGUUGGAGACCCCUGCUCUAGACUAGCCAUUACCCAGUUCCUGCAACUGUUCUUCAUGUGUUUUAGCCUCCAGGCCUUUAAUCCUCCCAGUUGCUCUUGUCUGCACUUUUUCCAAAGUCUCACCAUCUUUUUUAUAACGUAGCGACCAAAACAGGAUGCUGUGUUCCAGGCAUGCGGUCUCACUAAGGUUAUUAUAAAGUACUGAUACUUCAUGGGAUCAGCAAAAGUGCCCCACGACUGCAAGGGAGAUAUAUCCUUCCAUCUUCCACCCUUCGGCCAGAGCUGAAGAAGCUUCUUGGAUGACAAGCGAAACGUCUUCAAGGGGAAAAAAAAAAAAAGCAAAGUCCAGCUGUCUUUCGAAAAUGAACUUUGGGAACAACGGAGCAAACGAACAGGCGAGGAUCUACCCAACCUUAUCUGCAAAUUAACAUUUGCCAUCCUUCUUCCUGUGGGCGCUCAGUGGCGCAAAACCUCAGCGUCCCCUCAUCAGUGGCUCUAUUGUAACACCAUCACUUCAGCAGAAAAGAAUAACUGUCAGAUAGUCAUAUAUUCUCAAGAAAGGCUAAUUACCAUCGGCAAACAAACCGCGUUUCUUUUCCUUUAUUUGAGCGCAGCCCAGAGCUGAAGGCAGAAUCAAUACGUGUGGGUGCGUGGCUGGGCCUGCCUGCGUGCGUUUCCGCGUGCGAGAGCGAGCGAAUGUUUAUACAGUCUAUCUCUCAGCAGAUUUGCUAAUGGUUUUCCUGACACUUCCAGCAGAGCUUUGAAAAAAAUCUCAUUACGGGGGGGGGGUCCUCGGCUUACGG